UUGCGGGGUAUAACAACGUACCAAGUUUUCAAGGUAGCCGACACAUGUGCCGAUAUUGCGGAACUCGACAGGUAUGACUCGCUAGUGCAACUUGCAUUUGCCCAUAAUUCUUAUGUGACUCAAUUAGAGUCAAUGGGUUACCGGGUAGGAUACGUGAUGGCAGAACGGGUUUCCAGAGACGCGCCAAAGCUGCUGACUGAGCUGGAGGUAGGAGCCGAAUACAUGGCAGAUGUGGCUGUUUGA